CUCACUCCGCGCCUGCACCAUGUCUCGCUGCCCGGCCCGUGCGCUCUGCGCCGCGAUGCUGCUGCUGCUCCUGGCGGUCGCCGCCGUCUCCGCCGAGUCGGUAAGGGAAACCAUGACCAUGGAUCCACAGCUGCUAGAAGAAGAUUACUCCUCAGGCGCGUUGCCAGAUGAUGAAGACGUUGGUCGCAGCAGUUCUGAAAGCACCAUUGAUGAUGAUGACUAUGAUUUAUCAGGGUCUGGUGAUGAAGAUGACUUUGAUGUCCUGACUUCAGCCAGCACAGUCAGUCCUGUGAGCUCUAGUGAUAACUAUAUCCCUGAAGACGGUGGGGAAAGGACAAAGGACAUGAACAAAAACCCGAUGCAAAACAAUGAGAUCGUUCCUGGGGGAGUUGUGCCUCUUCAGGAAGAGAACCUGUCCAACAAGAUCUCCAUGGCCAGCACAGGCAGUAGCAGCAUCUUUGAAAGAACAGAAGUCCUUGCAGCUCUUAUUGCAGGUGGGGCAGUGGGGCUGCUGUUUGCCAUCUUCCUAAUUCUCCUUUUAGUCUAUCGCAUGAAGAAAAAGGAUGAGGGCAGCUAUGACCUGGGCAAGAAGCCAAUCUACAAGAAAGCCCCUACAAAUGAAUUUUAUGCUUAAGCUCAUCAGCACCUCCUCCCCAUCUGGGGACAGAAAUGGACUAUAUUGAAGCAUUUGGCCUUCAGAUGAGAAGCAUUGAACAAAUGGAUUUUCUGGAUGCAAUUUCAGAGAUUUCUUUAAUUUUCUAUGUGCCCCUUCCCAUCCUCCUUGACUAACAAGGGCCCAAUGAGAUGCAGCAAGUCUUGAAAAACACUGUCAUAUUAAGAAAAGCUUAAGAAAAAAGUACAAAAAAGCCAAACUUUUCCCCCCUUUUUUGGGUGAUGGGUGUAUGAAUUACCAAGCUGUGUGUGGAAGCAAACUGUGUGUCUACCUGGUAUGCAGUGUUCCUAUUCACCUCUUGUAGAAGCAGGAUUUUCAAAAACCCUUUUGGAAUGGGGUUUGUCCUGCAGUAGGCUACUCAUGUCAGGCAUUUGGUACACACCUGUUUAUGAAUUUUACCCUACAGUAUAAUGUUGCCUUAUCAGGGGGCUUGUGCCCUCUGGGCUCAGGGUUCCUGUACGCCAUAAACAAUCCAUGGGAGA